AUGGGAUUCUAUCUGUUUACCUGUAAAUUGUGGUGGUUUGGGGGUUCGGAGGUUGGGAUAUUUAAUUUAUCUUUGUUAGAAAAAUGGUGUUGGAGGUUAUUAUGGGAGAAGGAGGAAUUGUGGUACCGUGUGUUAAAAGCUAGAUAUGGUGAAGUGGGUGGUCGUAUUAAGGAAGGGGGUAACGACGCUUCUUUGUGGUGGAGGAUGAUUUGCCACGUGAGGGAGGGGGUUGGGUCAGGGGUUGGAAAUUGGUUUGAGGACAAUACUAGGCGGGUGGUUGGUAAUGGUAAAAACAUUUUCUUUUGGACUGAUAACUGGCUGGGUGGGGUUCCUUUAAAGCUUCAAUUCAGUCGUCUAUAUGAUUUGUCAGUUCAUAAGGAGUGUUCGGUGGCGGAUAUGGCGAGUCUGGGGUGGGAAGAAGGUGGUCGCGCUUGGGGCUGGAGGAGGCGUUUGAUGGCAUGGGAGGAGGAUAGUGUGAGGGAGUGCUAUGUUUUGUUGAAUAACGUACUUUUGCAGGAAAAUAUUCAAGAUCAUUGGCGGUGGUUGCUAGAUCCUAUUCAUGGCUACUCGGUUCGCGGGACAUAUUGA